GCUUCUUCAACAACAUCUAGUCAGCCACCUCCGUACCUUCCUAGCGGAAACAUUCAAGCUGUUCAGACUGCUUCGGUGUAUAUUUGCCUCUGUAUGUGAAACAUAAUUCUGUCUUUUAACGAGUUUCCCCAUUUAAUGUCAUAUUUCCGUUUAGUCAGGGAACGGUAGCUGGCUUGAUAAAUGAGCCUAUCACUAGGCUAGUCGCUAACUAGCUAGGUUAGCUGGCUAACAUCCCCGACCAUGAGCUCAGCAAGCUACUGCCCUCCUGCUAAAAAAGAGGUCUGCUGGAAGGAGAAAGAAGGUAUUUGGCUGAACGUUGUCGUGAAAGAGGAGGAUGAAGAGGAGGAUGUCACAGUAAACGAAGAAGUAGAGGGUGAGGCUGUUACAGAGAAAGAAGAGGAAGAAAACGAUUAUACUUUUUCUGGUGUGAAUGAAGGAGAGAUAACUGUCAUAUUGAAGGAGGAGGAGAGGGAAGAAGAAGAGGAGGAGACAGAAGAUCUGAGUAACACCAGAGAGAGACCAGACUCUCCUUCUGACAGCAGGAAGAGUCCUUCAGGGAAACCAGACCCCGAGACGUCCAAACCAGCAAGACGACAUCACUGCUCCCAGUGUGGAAAGAGUUUUACUCAGUUAGGGAGCCUGAGAACACAUAAGAGAAUACACACUGGAGAGAAGCCUUACCCCUGUUCCCAAUGUGGAAUGACGUUUACCCAGUUAGGGAGCCUGCAAACGCAUGAGAGGGGACACACAGGGGAAAAGCUUUUCCAAUGUUCCCAUUGUGGAAAGAGUUUUGGCCAGGUAGGAAACCUGAACAAGCAUGAGAGGACACACACAGGUAAGAAGAUGUACCGCUGCUCCCAGUGUGGAGAGAGAUUUACCCGGUUAAGGUACCUGAAAGAGCAUGAAAGAAUACAUACAAAUACACAGGAGGAGAAGACAUACCACUGCUCUCAUUGUGGAAAGACCUUUUCCCAGUCAGAGAACCUGAAAACACAUGAGAGAAUCGAGAGGCUGUGUUCUGACUUGUGUUUUUGACUGAGAAUGUGUGUUUUUGUUUGGGCUGUCAGACUUGAGUUCACUUUGUGUAAUGUUAGUGCACUAUUUUUUGUGAAUUUAUUGUAAUGUUUUUAAAAUUGUAUAACUGCCUUUAUUUUUGCUGGACCCCAGGAAGAGUAGCUGCUGCCUUGGCAGGAACUAAUGGGGAUCCAUAAUAAACCCCAGGAAGAGUAGCUGCUGCCUUGGCAGGAACUAAUGAGGAUCCAUAAUAAACCCCAGGAAGAGUAGCUGCUGCCUUGGCAGGAACUAACGGGGAUCCAUAAUAAACCCCAGGAAGAGUAGCUGCUGCUUUGGCAGGAACUAAAUGGGAUCUAUACUAAAUACAAAUACUUUUAUCAAUAUAUUUGUCUUCUUUACUCUCGGGUUUGAAAAUGCUAAUUAGCAUCAAAGUAGACGACAUGCAAGACUACAAAUCCCUGCAAGCUCCUGCAAGUCAUCUCUAGCCGACACCUUUCACAGAACGCUUCACAGAAUUGUCCAUUGAAAUAAAUGUUGACAAUUUAAUCAUUGCUACAUUAAGGCCUGAUUGGUGGAGUGCUGCAGAGAUGGUUGUCCUUCUGGAAGUUUCUCCCGUCUCCACAGAGGAAAUCUGGAGCUCUGUUAGAGUGAACAUCGGGUUCUUGUUCACCUCCCUGACCAAGGCCCUUCUCCCCCGAUUUAUCAAAUUGGCUGGGCGGCCAGUUCUAGAAAGAGUAUUGGUGGUUCCAAACUUCUUCCAUUUAAGAAUGAUGGCGGCCAUUGUGUUCUUGGGGACCGUCAAUGCUGCAGACAUUUUUUGGUACCUUUCCCCAGAUCUGUGCCUCGGCUUGGUUUUUGCUCUGACAUGCACUGUAAACUGUGGGACCUUAUAUAGACAGGUGUGUGCCUUUCCAAAUCAUGUCCAAUCAAUUGAAUUUACCACAGGUGGACUCCAAUCAAGUUGUAGAAACAUCUCAAGGAUGAUCAAUGGAAUCAGGAUGCAUCUGAGCUCAAUUUCGGGUCUCAAAGCAAAGGGUCUGAAUACUUAAGUAAAUACAUUUGCAAAAAUGUCUAAAAAACAGUUUUUGGUUUGUCAUUAUGGGGUAUUGUGAUGUCAUUAUGGGGUAUUGUGAUGUCAUUAUGGGGUAUUGUGAUGUCAUUAUGGGGUAUUGUGUGUAGAUUGAUGAGGGGGAAAAAAUCUUCAAUUUUAGAAUGAGGCUGUAAUGUAACUAAAUGUGGAAAAAGUGAAGGGUCUGAAUACUUAACGAAUGCACUGUAUUACACUGGCAGUGUUUUCUACCAUUGACAGUUUUGUACACAGUCACGUGAUACGUGGUAUAGAAAAGUCCAAUCUUAGGAGAGUACAUGGGAGGCACUAUACUGUGUGUCUGCAGGUGUCUAUCUGGUCAAAACCACUGAUACAGGUGCCCCUCCACCCUCUGGUGGGAUGGAUCAUGUCUAGAGAGAAACCUACAUUCAAAUACUUUGAUUUGUGUGUAUUGAGUAUAUGUUGUGAAAUUGUUAGAUAUUACUGCACUGUCGGAGCUAGAACCACAAGCAUUUUGCUACACCCGCAAUAACAUUUGCUAAACACGUGUAUAUGACCAAUAAAAUGUGAUUUGAUUUUGAUUUGAAAUAAACAUCCUAUUUAUCAAAGGAGCUUUUGGCUGGAGUCAAAAUUACUCCAAAGGAUUUGAGUUUGUUAAAAGUCCAUAUUGAUACAGAAACACUAAACCAUGAUUUAGAUGUAUUAAGAACAAGUUGAUUGACAAAGUCAUGAAAAAUGGAAUAAACCACAUUUUGUCUCUGAUAAAAGAUAUGUCUCUGGGGUCAAAAUGAUCCAUGUCAGAACUAUGGUUCAAUGUAAAUAUGUAGUGGGUCUAAAGUUUGUUUUAAAUUAUCACUCAUUAAACACGAAUCAAUCAA